ACGGCACAUUCGUCUCUACGUCCGGCCCAUCUACGCCCAACCCAUUUCCACCUAACGGCACAAAAAGGCCCACCACGCUAGGCGAAAAAACAAAUCCUCCCGUCCCCCCUCUGCCCCCUCUGCGGUGUCCGUGUCUCCGUUUCGAAUUUUCUUUUCAAAUCUCGUCCCCCCUUCACCUCCGCCUCUUCUUCUCCCCCCUGCUCCGACCUUCCAUUUCCGACAAUCACUCCCCGGGAUCCCGCCGCACCAAUCCCCAAACCCUCGACCGCGGCGGCGACGACUGAGCGAGCUCGCCGCAGGAUUCUCUCGACGCCGCCAUGGGCUGCUUCCUCUCGUGCUUCCGCGGCCGCCCCGACCCGGCCAGCCGGGCCCUCCACGAUCCGCUCGUGCGCAAGACCCGGCUCGGGGACGCCUUCCUGGACGACCACCACGACGACGGCACGGCGAAGCUUGAGGAGAGCCGGACGCCGAAGGAGGGUCUCGGGAACGACGGAGGGGUCGACGACGACCUCAGGCGAGAGGCAAAUUAUCUUAAAUCUUGUGGCGCAAUAUCAGAAACCCCUCCCGAAAUUCUGAAAGCAUCAAACCAAGUCGAAGAGCGAGAAAUUAACGAGUGCAAUGAGACGUCCAACAAUGCACAGGAGACUAAAGAGGCCCUGGUGUCUGAAAUUAAGGAUUACUUGUCUGAGGGGUUCAACUCCGACGGGCACGAUGGUGCUGUGAAGCAUGAUCAGGACACCGACGAAGGCACUGACGACCAUGUCACUGAGGUUGAAUCAGCGGCGAGAUCAUCGUCGCAGGAAAGGUCCUCAGGCCAGAUCAUCAGGAACCAGAAUCCUGAUCCUAGCGACUCGCCUUUCCCCACCCCUCUGGUUCUGAGGGACGACAUCCAGACCCCUGGAUUCACCACACACCAGGGGAACUUCAAGCCCGGGAAGCGCGGGAGGGCCAGCAAGCAGUUCCUGUACCCCGUCCUGCGACCCAUCGAGAACAAGCUGCAGUGGACGGAGCUGAGAGACGAGUCCUCCUCCCCCGUGGUCGCCUCUCACCCUCCCAAAAGAAGGUACCUGUCUGCAGAUUCCACCGAGAACGAGAAGCCCCAUCAGCAAACCCUUCCAGGCUCAGUGAAUGCAGACGCAGCGCUAUCAUCAGAGUCUGCGCCAUUUCUGUUCCAUGGCGGCUGGAAAGCGCAGCACGCCGAAGAAGAGGCGUGUCCAGAGGAUGAGAACGUCAACCAGCAGCAGCUUGUGGGCGGCGGCGGCGUCGGAGAGCUGCUGAGCAAGAGCUCGGAGAACGGGAAGCAUGGCGUGGCCAGCCUGUCCUGCUGGCUCAAGACUACGUGUGCGGAUGGUGAGGGUGAGGGCCAGACUGGACGGCAGCUGGGCUUCGGGAGCGUCGAUCUCAGCGACGUGCCCGUCUUUGUGGCCUCUGGGCUGAACUGGGACAACGAGAACAACCCUACCCCGAUGCUGCCCAAGGCCUGGGACGGCAACGGGAUCCCCAACACCACCACCAAGUACAAAGAGGACCAGAGGGUGAACUGGCAUGCCACGCCUUUCGAGGAGAGAUUGAUGAAAGUUUUGUCCGAUGAGAAACCACACCAUCAGAGGAAAAUCAGUGGGAAGCUGAUCCACCUGGAGGAAGACGCGGUAGAGAGCCCGGCAAGUGCGACUGCUUCCUCAUGAUCGGCAGUACGAGAGGGUCCAGUGUUUGGCCAGUCCGGCCCGAGCCACCUCUUGCUGCAGCAGUGUCUGAAGCUGUCUGAAACUGAACUAGUGCUGCUACAUUCUUGUUCGCUGAAGCAUUUUGCUUGCGCCUCCGUGCAACUUUUGCACAUCACCUGCUGGUUGAUGUGAUGCUGGGUAUAUUUUUCAUCAAUAAUGAAAAUAAGAGACUCUGCUUUGGUUUCA